CCAGGUGAUGGACAUCACCGGAAAGGAACUUCCUAUCGAGUCGGAGACAUUCCAGCUGAAGUCCCUCAUCGCCGCGCAGCUCAACGACUACGGCGACGAGAUCGUCGACAUCUGCGAGUCCGCCGACAAGCAGCUCAUCAUCGAGCAGAAGCUCAAGGACGUCACGGCCAUCUGGGACGAGAUGUCAUCCUGGAGAUUCUGGAAGGCGCGGGAGUACCCCUGCGUCCUGGACAGCGCCAAGGUGGCCGAGACGCAGGAGACGCUGGAGGAGACGAUGAUGAACCUGAACACCAUGAACGCCCAGAGGCACUCGCAGCCCUUCAAGGAAGAGCUCACGGCGCUGCUGCUGCAGCUCUCCGACACCGGCGACACGAUCGAGAGGUGGUUCAAGGUACAGCAGAUGUGGAUGUCCUUGGAGUCCGUUUUCACGGGGGGUGACAUUGCCAAGCAGAUGCCCAUGGAGGCGAAGAAGUUCUCCCAGAUCGACAAGGAC